UUCUUCUUUGUCCGUAUCCAACACUUUGGCGUGAAUUUUUAUCAAUUAAUACACACACGACACGAAUUAAAUCGAGGAAAUAUUCAACCCAGCAAUGCACAACUAUUGUCAGGAAUGGAAAAUGUUGGAUACGUGAUUGUGUGAUUCGCGAAGUGCCAGAAAAAACAAAGAAAAUCCCGUGAGAUACAACAAAUUUCAACUGUGCAAACAGGGUGCGUGUGCGUGUGCGUGCAUCUGUAUCUGUGUGUGUGGGUUCUAGUGUCAAGGCAUCCUUAAUUUUUUCGCACACAUAGCUCAACAUUUUUUCUCUAAUAUACCAACAAUAGAGAGAGAAAGAGAGGGAUUGAGAGCGCCAGAAAGAGAGCAGCAACGCGGAGAGAGCAAAGAUCAGCCACAGAGACCCACAGACACACACCACCCACCACCACCACCACCACACACGACCACAGAGUGGUUCCUGCUGUUCUCUGAACCGAAGCAAACCAAACCACCGCAGCUGCUGACUCACGAGACGCAGUCCGCCAGCUGCUACCGGGGAUCGUUGCAAUAAAGAGAUAUAAACCCCCUCUCCAGAGACCCGAACAGCCAGUUAGCCACAACAGGGGAGAGGAGUUGUAUCUGCAGGACGGUCAAGUCACAGCAAGGGCAAACGGGGGGCCAUGACAAUGUUUACGGGCAAGCUGCAGAUCAAGGUGUGCGAGGCGAGCGGCCUGCGUCCGACAGAUUUCCAGAAGCGCCACAACCUAACAUUCGGCAAACUAGCCGAUGAGCAGCUCAUUGAUCCCUACGUUUCGAUAGAUGUCGACGAGAGUCACUUUGAUCGAUCUACCACACGCUCAAAGACAUUCGAUCCUGUCUGGAAUGAGCAGUUCGUGCACGAUGUUAACAAUGCCAAAAACAUCAACUUGACCGUCUUUCACGAUGCGGCCCUGCCGCCGGAUGAUUUUGUGGCCAAUUGUAUUAUAUCGUUCGAAGAUCUUAUGCAGAGCGAGACAGGAGCUCCAGAUCUAUGGGUCAACCUGGAGCCACAGGGGAAGAUCCAUAUCAUCAUUGAGCUGAAGAAAUGCAAUGAUCAAGCCAAAGCUGAGGCCGAGGUGGAACGCGCUGUGGCCGUCAAUAAGGAGUUCAAAGAGCGCGCUGGCUUCAAUCGCCGUCGUGGAGCCAUGCGACGACGUGUGCACCAGGUGAAUGGUCACAAGUUCAUGGCAACAUUUUUGCGUCAACCCACCUUUUGUUCGCAUUGUCGGGAGUUUAUCUGGGGAAUUGGUAAACAAGGCUAUCAAUGUCAAGUCUGCACCUUAGUUGUACAUAAAAAAUGUCAUCUGUCCGUGGUGUCCAAGUGUCCGGGCAUGCGAGAAGAGCAGACCAAAGUGGAGGUGGUGCCUGCCGGCCAGAGAUUCAAUGUCAAUGUGCCCCACCGGUUUGUGGUGCACAGCUACAAGCGGUUCACCUUCUGCGACCACUGCGGCUCGCUGCUGUACGGACUCAUCAAGCAGGGACUGCAGUGCGAGACCUGUUGCAUGAAUGUGCACAAGCGCUGCCAGAAGAACGUGGCCAACACGUGCGGCAUCAACACCAAGCAGAUGGCCGAGAUCCUUAGUUCGCUCGGCAUCUCGCCUGACAAGCAGGGCCAGCAGCCGCGCCGCUCCAAGUACUUGAAUCAGCAGGGUGGCGAGGACAACUAUGGCGCCUCGCUGGGUGGAGACGGGGACAAUGUGCCCGGUGCAUCGUUCCGCAGUGGCACAAUGUCGGCCGACAGCCUGGCCACUUCCACGACCACGCUGACCAGCGGGUACAACAGCAGCAGCUGCAUGAGCCUGGCCGUGGGCGGAGCCACCGGGGAUACACGCCCCGGCAAGUGCUCGCUGCUGGACUUUAACUUUAUCAAGGUGCUGGGCAAGGGCUCGUUCGGCAAGGUGAUGCUCGCCGAGAAGAAGGGCACCGACGAGAUCUAUGCCAUCAAGGUGCUGAAGAAGGAUGCCAUAAUCCAGGACGACGAUGUGGACUGCACCAUGACGGAGAAGCGCAUCCUGGCGUUGGCCGCCAACCAUCCCUUCCUGACUGCGUUACAUUCCUGUUUUCAGACACCGGACCGCCUGUUCUUCGUGAUGGAGUAUGUGAAUGGCGGCGACUUGAUGUUCCAGAUACAGAAGGCGCGUCGCUUCGAGGCAGCCCGUGCCGCCUUCUAUGCGGCGGAGGUGACAUUGGCGCUGCAAUUCCUUCACACACACGGUGUCAUCUAUCGCGAUCUGAAGCUGGACAACAUUCUGCUCGAUCAGGAGGGGCACUGCAAGCUGGCCGACUUUGGCAUGUGCAAGGAGGGCAUCAUGAACGGCAUGCUGACCACAACAUUCUGUGGCACACCCGACUACAUUGCCCCGGAGAUACUCAAGGAGCAGGAGUAUGGCGCCUCUGUCGACUGGUGGGCGCUCGGCGUGCUUAUGUACGAGAUGAUGGCCGGCCAGCCGCCGUUCGAGGCGGACAAUGAGGACGAGCUCUUCGACUCGAUCAUGCACGACGAUGUCCUCUAUCCCGUUUGGCUGUCCCGCGAAGCCGUUUCCAUAUUAAAGGGUUUUCUCACCAAGAAUCCGGAGCAGCGUCUGGGCUGCACUGGCGAUGAGAAUGAGAUACGCAAGCAUCCAUUUUUCAAUAAGCUUGAUUGGAAGGAACUGGAGAAGCGCAACAUAAAGCCACCAUUCCGACCAAAAAUGAAAAAUCCACGCGAUGCCAACAAUUUCGAUGCGGAAUUCACCAAGGAGGAUCCGGUGCUGACACCGAUCGGAAACGAUGUCAUACGCUGCAUCAAUCAGGAUGAGUUCGCUGGCUUCUCCUUUGUCAAUCCAAAGUUCGGACCAGAGCGCAAAGUCUACUAGGGCCCAACGAUUGUUGUUCAUUUUCCCCUUCACUUUUGGAGGCAUCGCAUACGAUCUGAUCCGCCGAAAUAACAAUAACCUGACACACCCUAGGGACCUGGCCCGGGCCACAUAGAUCAGUCAGUGAGUUAGUGUUUUCAAUUGGGUGGACAUGCAGAUCGAUCUGUGCCGUCAUCUAGCAUCAGUCAAGCAACUGUCAUCUGUGUCAUCUACCAUGUAGCAUCUAGCGUCUAGCGUAUUCCUCUAGCGUAUAUCCCUAGCACAAGCAAACUUCGUAUUGUUUCGCUUCAUUGUUGUCUGUUUUCCAGUUGUAGUCGUUGGUUGUCCUUAGUUCGUUCUAAAUCCUAGGUUCGAAUCAGAGAAGUGAAACAAUGCAAGUACCCAGUCACCCAGCCAUAGCCAUCAACACAACCAAGAACCAGUGCCAAAGCUUAGCUGCUUUAGCUGCUGCUCAACUUGAAUUUUAAUGAUGGCAGUGAGAACCAAGAAAUUGUUAAGUUUAACCGCAGAUUCCUCUUCCGUUUCCGCUUCCGCUUUAAGCUUCAAGCUGCAGCUACACUUGGAUGGAGCCUGCCUCCGCCGCUUAGAGAAUUUUAAGUUAUUUAUUGUAUUUGUAUUUUAUUGAAGUUAUGUUGUUUUGCCAUGCCAAUCCACCGCCUCGCCCCGCACCCGAACCCAUCUAGUCAAUGCCCAAUGUGGGCUGCAAUUGUGGCUCAAAAAGUGCAAUUUUGUUAUUAGUUAUUUAUUGAUUGAUUAUUUAACGUGCCGAAUCUCAAGUUUCGCACUUAAAGGCAGGCAUAAAGACGGUCAGACAGCGUCCAAGCUUAGGUCUUGCUCCAAGCGAAUCUCAAGGGAACCUCUGAAAAAAAAAAAAUAAAACAUAAUGCCACAUGCCAUCUAUACAACAAAUACCCAAAAUACCCCCCCCCCCCCCCAAAAAAAAACAUAAACACAAAUUUAAUUUCAAUUUGUUUUUAUAUGUAUUUGAAUGAAAUCUUGCACAACUUCCUUCUCAAGUAUUAAAGCGAUAUUAUUUUAAAAUUUAACCUUAUUGUUAUACAUACAAAUAUUUAUAAAACAAAAACAAACAAACAAAACUAAAACAAAAAUUAAGCCAAAAAAUCCUAAAAACAAAACGCAUACAAUUUACCAACAAUACAAAACAAAGAGAAAGUAAAGCUAACUAAUCAUAGAAAAUAAAGAGCUAAAAACAAACAAAUGUCUAUAAAAUUCACAUCAAUUUAUGUAUGCUAAAAACUAAAACCUAAAAACUAAAAAACAAACAAACAAAUUAUGGAAUACAAACCAGAAAAGAAACGUGUUUAGUCCGUAAGCCGAAGUGAAAGAGGGGAGAACAGAGCAAAAAAAUUAUAUAUACAAAAUACCAUAUACAUACAUAAA